AUGUCUUUCUCUUAUUUUUCCACCGGAAUUCAAUCGCUGGGCAGUCUGUUAGCCCAGGUACUCUCGCGCAUGAUUUUCUCAUUGUUCAUCUUGGCGAUCACUAUCGCCAUCUACAGGGUAUCCUUUCAUCCUCUGGCCCGUAUUCCUGGACCAAGACUGGCGGCGAUAUCAAGUUUUUGGCAUGCAUAUAAUGCUCGAAUGGGGCGAAUGGCAUAUCUGGGAAAGACGCUUCAUAAAAAAUACGGACCUGUUUUCGUAUUUCAGGAACACCUAAUACAUAACUGUCAACUGAUAGUUUUACCAGGUAGUGGAAGUGGCUAUGAAAAGUCUGACUUUUACUUGGCAACUGCCUUGAGUAAACCUCACAUUGAUUGGCAUCUCAACCCCGAAUUCCAAGAUACUCUCGAUCUUCUCUCAGAGCGAGACGUGAGACGCUACCGUAUUCAGCGCCGACUGAUCGGGCCCGUGUAUCAAACCUCCAACCUCAUUCAGUAUGAAGCUGCCAUUGAUGAGGUUCUUGCACGCUCCACUGCCAAGCUAAAGACCUUGAAGGGUACUCAAGUUGAACUUAAUGAAUGGAUGCACAUCAUCGCUGUGGAAUGCCUUAGCGCAGCCGUGCUAUCUUGGUCGCCCGGUAUGCUAAAGAAUGGUACCGAUAAUGGUUCUGGUACUCACGCAUAUCAUGGCUGGAGACGAAAGAGCGUCUUUGGCUUGUUCCCGACCGUCGCUAAGCUGGAGUUCUUACACAAGUCAAUCGGGAGACUCUUCAGUACGAUUUGGGGUGUAAACUUCCAACCACCAAAGGACUUCCGUCCAUUUUUUCCGGAUGUCGGCAAAAGAGUCUCGAGACGUGUUAAUGCAGCCACGAAAUCCAAGAUUAAUAAAGAUGAUCGCAAAGACCUUCUCACGGAUCUAAUCCAGCUGCAUAAGGCCAAACCUGACUUUACCGAACUUUACCUUCGCAAGAUGGCCGUGACCAACUUCGGUGCUGGACAUGAGACCAUGGCAUCAACACUUACCUCUAUCUUUGCACUACUAGGCUCAAACGAUGAUGUUCAAGCACAAGUAUCUUUCGAGGUCCUUGAAACAAGCAAUCCCGCCGAGUACUCUACUGCAACACGAUUGCCAGAGACGCAGUCACUCAUCAAGGAAGCCAAGCGGCUGUACCCCGUCAUCAGCAUGUCAUUGCCGCGCAAAGUGCCUUCAGAUGGCCUUCGUCUUCAUGGCUACCAUUUCCCACCAAACACAACCGUCGGCUGCAAUCCGGUAGCUCUACAUCGGAAUCCAGAUAUCUUUGGUUCGGAUUCGGAUAUGUUCAACCCGGCCCGUUGGCUGACUGCAGAUCCCGACGCAGCGCGUGCAAUGGAACGUGUCAGUCUCAGCUGGGGCGGCGGCUCCAGGUCAUGCCCGGGACGACAUUUAGCAGAGCUGGUAGUCUUCAAAGUCGUUCCCGCUUUGGUGAAAGAGUUUAUAAUCGAAGUUGACUUGCCACCCGAAGACAAGAAUCGCUCGGGCUGCCGGUGUGCCGGUGUCCCGGCUCCAUCGCAAUUGUCGUCUGUCUCCAGUUGCGCCCUUCAGACGACAUACUCUGCAUUAUUAAUGGAUCACUAUAAGUACCCAUCAGGUGGAUUUUCGAUCGCUCUUCAAAAAAACGCCCUUAUAAAGGGAAGCCGUGUUGCUUAUGGUGUUUACGGCACUGGAAAGCCAGUCGUCCUUAUCCACGGAACACCAUCCUCAUCCCUCAUAUGGCGCGGCAUUGUCCCAAAGCUUGUCGAUGGUGGCUAUAAGGUCCAUGUCUUUGACCUUCUCGGCUUCGGUCUCUCAGAACGCCCAUGGGACUCAGGUGUCGACACUUCCAUGACAGGUCAAGUCGCAAUCUUAGAGGGCCUUUUGGAGCUUUGGGGCUUGGAGAAGACUCAUAUAAUUGCCCAUGAUAUUGGAGGCGGUAUCGCACAGCGCUUCUCUGUAUUCUCGCCUGAGAGAGUUUUGUCUCUUACCCUUAUCGACGUCGUGAGCUUCGAUAGCUAUCCUUCGAAGCGGACCAAACAGCAGAUGCAGAACGGCCUUGAAGCCCUGAUUAAGGCAGACAGCGACCAACAUCGAGCUCACUUCAGAGAAUGGCUGUUAUCUGCCGUCAAAAGUCCAGACAAGCUUGAGAAGUCAAGUCUUGAUACAUAUCUGGACUAUAUCUCGGGACCCAUUGGACAACCUAGUCUAUUUGAGCAUCAAGUUCGACAUUAUCAUCCGAAACACACGUUAGAAGUGGCGCCUCGCCUCGCUGAACUCGAGAAACUACCUGUGCAGUUGAUCUGGGGUGCAGAUGAUGCAUGGCAGGUGGUUGAUUGGGCUCACAAGCUCCAAAAUGCUAUUCCUGGGUCAAAACUGACGAUUGUGGAGGAUGCUGGCCAUUUCUCUCCUGAGGAUCAACCGGAGAAGAUAUCGGAGCUUCUUAUCAGCUUCAUUGGGAAACGUUGA